GCUCCUUGGUUGAGCACCUCCGCGCGCACAUCAGCUUCGAGACCCGACCGCCAACGUUCCAGCCCAGCCCAGCCUCCCGUCCACGCAUCGAGUCUCUGUUCGUACACGGCUGCAAGUCAUGUUUGGUCAGUCUGGGUUUGGACAGUCGUCCAUCUUUGGCCAGCCCAACCCCGCUGCAACUCCUGCCUUUGGCCAGCAGCCCAAUGCUGGCUUCGGCGCCCCUGCUAGUGCCCCUGCCUUUGGAGCCGCCCAGCCCGCAGGCUUCGGUCAGCCGGCCAACACAGGCUUUGGCGCACCCGCUCCUGCCUUCGGAUCUGCUUCGUCCUUUGGCCAGCCUCCAUCUGGCUUUGGCCAGCCCAGUACAUUCAACAGUGGAGCCGGCACAAGCUCAGGCCAACCUGCUUUCGGUUCUACUGCCACGGCCGGCGGCGGCCUCUUUGGCGCGAAGCCCGCGGCGAGCGUCUUUGGCUCGGCAUCAGGCGCUGGAUUCGGAGCUGCGAAUCCUGCCUUUGGUGGUGCCGCUGCCCCUACGGCCUCAGGCUUUGGUGGCGGCACCCUCGGGGGCUUUGGCAAUUCCUCGACUCAAACCACCCAGAACAGCAACAACGGAACCGGAAAUCCCAGCUACGCUGCAACCUCCGAAAAAGAACAAAACACCAGCACCAGCAUUUCGUUCCAGAGCAUCAACGCCAUGCCUGCAUACCGCAAUUGGUCCUUUGAGGAGCUGAGGGUUCAAGACUACGUCAUGGGCAAGAAGCAUGCUGGCGCUGUUCCUAAUUCUGGCGCUGCCGGUGCCGCCGGCUUUGGACAGAGCGCCUUUGGGGCUGCCGUCCCCUCUGCAUUCGGAGCCGCUGCCCCUGCAACUCCCUUUGGCGCUGCUCCAUCGGCCUUUGGUGCCACUACUCCUUCGGCCGCUGGCUUUGGGGCAGCACCCGCUCCGGCCUUUGGCGCCGCCGCAGCCACACCUGGCUUUGGUGGUGGUGCUGCCAGCACCGGUGGCUUUGGUGCAUCGGCCUUUGGUGGAGGUACCUCAGCCUUUGGUGGAGCCAAAUUCGGAGCAACGACCCCAACCACAAACACAACAUUCGGAGGUACUCCUGCUGCAGCCUCUGCCUUUGGCAGCGCCGCUGCCGCCAAGCCCGCUUUUGGAUUUGCCCCUGCAGUAUCGGCCGCUCCUGCCACUCCCUUCGGAGCUGCUGCAGCGACACCCUUUGGCCAGGCGACAGCGGCAUCCGGUCUUUUCGGCGCCAAACCCGCAACAGGGUUCGGUGCCGCUGCUGCCACACCAACCCCUGCAACUCCCUUUGGUGCCCAGACGGCAGCGGGUGGUCUCUUUGGGACCGCGACACCAGCAUUUGGUGGAGCCUUUGGCGCUGCAGCCACUUCUGCUCCUGCUGCAGGUUCUCUCUUUGCAGCUCCUGCCACAGCUACCCCGGGUCUCUUUGGCGCCGCUCCUGCUGCUAGCGCUGGCACUGGGCUGUUUGGUGCGGCCACCCCUGCGGCCGCACCCGCAGCUGGCGGGCUGUUCGGUGCUGCUGCUUCUAGUUCGAACUUGUUUGGCGCAAAACCUGCAGGCUUUGGCCUUGCAGCGACCGCGGCACCAUCCACAGGCCUGUUCGGCGCCCCAGCCGCUGGCACCACCGGAGGCCUCUUUGGCACGGGUCUGGGACUGGGUGCCGCGGCGGCUCCCGCCCUUGCCGCCCAGCCUGCAGCACCUGCUCUCCAAGCCAGCAUCGACAAAGCCCCUUAUGGAAACCUACCGCUGUUCCAAGGACAGACAGCAGGCGCCGCCAUGGCGCAGGGUCCUUCCGCGGUUGAGCCGUUGAUCCAGUCCAAGAAAGAGAAGCCUGCCUUCACACCGCACUUCAAACUGACACCCAAGAGCAUGAGCAAGAUCAAGCUUCGAGGAUUCGUGCCCUCGCCCUCCACCAAGCUGCCCUCAAACAAGCCCUCUGGUGCGGCCGACACGGCCUCGCUUGGACACUUUGAUCUGUCCAGCAACCGAGACACCCUUGGCGAGUACGAUAUCGACUCGACGUUCGCGCCUCGUAGCCGCAAGCAGAUGACGACCUCGCGGGUCAAGAGCCCCUCCAACAGCGCCCAAAGCGUGCGCGUCCGGUUCGACCCCUCCAUCGACACCACCAGCCCGUUCGGGACUCUCCGCGUGCGCCAUGACGGCGGCAGCCAGGCUGAUGAUGACUCUGUCAACAACACCCCCAGCAAGCCGCCAUCUGCCCCUCGUGGCGCCCUGACCUCGCCCAGCUUCGAGUCAACCGAUCCCAACGCCUAUCCCGAGGGUGAUCAGAACAACGGAUCCGAUGCAGCUGUCCUGGAGGACUCGGACGACUAUUAUGUAUAUUCCUUCGAGCCCGAUCUGAGCGAGCUCCUUGAUAUGAGCGACGAUGAGCUCCGCCAGGUCAGCGAGUUCAAGGUCAUCCACGACCAUUUUGGCGAGCUCCAGUUCCUCGACACGGUCGAUCUGCUCGAUGCCGCUCCAAACAAGAAGCGGAGCGGUAUUGCCUCGAUCGUCGACAAUGUGGUCAUCUUCCGACUCCGUGAAUGCGAGGUGUACCCGGACAAUGUUGAAAAGGCGCCCAUCGGCCAGGGCCUGAACGUCCCCGCCCGCAUCAGCCUCAAAGAGUGCUGGCCGGUCGACAAGUCUACUCGCGAAUACGUCAAGGAUCCGCAGGACCCUCGCUUCAAGAAGCACCUGACGCGCAUCAAGAACCAGCCCGACACCAAAUUCAUCCAUUUCGACAUUGAGACCGGUGUCUGGACGUUUGAAGUCGAGCACUUCAGCAAGUAUGGGCUGGGUGACGACGAUGACGACGACGAUGGCAACGGCAACGAAAAUGGCACCGGCAGCGACGAUCAAGAUCAAAACGGACACGAAGUCGACAAUGGAAGCGGCCGCGCACCAUCUCGUCGCGAUCAUCGCCCUCGCGACGGCGGCUCUGCACCGCUGGGCGGCAGCGCAAUCGAUAUGGAUGGUCAAGAAACGGAUGAUAUCCAAGAAGCCACCGAACCCUUUGCCGACCUCGUUGAGGAUAGCACCGAGCUUACGGAGCCCACUCAGGAGUCUGUGUUUGCCGAAGAUUCCUUUGCAUCGCUCAAGAGGCGCAUCGGACGAUUCAACGAUACUCCAUCAUCGAGCGUGUUUGAGAGCUUUGGAUCGUCUGGCUUUGGCGGCCUUGGGCAGCUCGAGCAAUCCGUAGCGCCUUCAGCCAUAGCCAAGCGCAGUAACCGGCUCAAGGCCGCUCUGUUCAAAGCCAGCCCAAAGGACCGUCCAUCGGCAACGGGCACGCCCUUCCACAAGGUCGGAGACAAGCGCAAGGCUCCUUUCAGCUCCACCCACGGCGAUGGCGAUGAUGACAGCCAAAGCGCCGACCUUCUUUCGUUUUCUGCUCGGGCACUGCGGGAUGCGGAAUCCAGCGAGGCAUCGACGCUGCAGCCUCCGCCCUCGUCAGCGUUCCUGUCGCUCACCCGCAACAUCCAGGAGACCCUCAAGGCCGUGACCGAGAGUGGCCUCCUCCCGCGCGACAAGAGCAUCCAGUUCAAGCACAGCGGCGAGUCCCCUGUGGCCGUCAGAGCCGACGCCGGACUGUCGUUUGGCCGCCCCUUCAGAGCAGGAUGGGGUCCUGGAGGCGAGUUUGUGCAAGUCGGCAGAUUGACGACGAGCAGAGGCAAGUCCUUCUCGCAAGUCACGGUCCAUCGCAUCCGCCCGUUUGGCACGACGGCGGAUGCAAGCGAUGCCCAAGUACAGCGACACCAACGCUGCCUCGAAACGCUCCUUUGCCACACCGAUCUCGAUCCUGUCGGCAGUGCCAGCCGAGACCAGAUGGCGGUCGACCACGAGGGCACCGACGCAGCUGCCAUCCCACACGCCCGUCUGUCUCGCACCCAGCCGAUUUGCUUUCAAGACUUUGUGGAGCUGACGGCGACCAAGGGAACGAUCCCCUCCAUCUUUGACCGCGAGGAACAAAUCCUGUGGGAGCUAUGCGAGUCGCUUUGGGACGAGCUCGGCCCUGUCCACGAGCAAGCAGCCGGUCUCGACGGUGCGCGCGCCACCGUCGUUCUCGAUGGCGCUCGAAGGGAAAAGAUCAGCCAGUGGUUGAAGCGAGCCAUCUCAACUACCAUGCAACAAGAUCUCAGCAAAAUCAACGACUCGGUUCGGCACAUCCUGGUCCAUCUUGUCAACCGACAGAUCGGAUCUGCUGUGAGAGUGGCCGUGGACUCGAAACACUUCCGCCUUGCGGCGCUGAUGGCGCAGAUCGGCGGAGCAGGCUCCCGAGUCGCCCUCCGCAACAUCAGCGUCGACCAGCGCAGCAAAAGCUACUCUGGCCACGGCGUUGUUGGAUCCAGCCAGACGGCACCGGGUGUCCGUGCGCUCCUGGCGCAGCAGAUCAAUAGCUGGACCCAGUCCGCCAACGACCACUCGUCGUCCGUCGUUGGCCAGGAGCUGGACCAUGUCUAUCGGCUGUUGACGGGCGAUGUUGCUUUCUGGAAACCGUCCCUCUACAGCUGCCUGUCGAACUGGAGGCAGGCAUUUGGUCUGUUUUUCUGGUACGCCCAAGGCGGCAGUCUCAAGCUCGAGGACUGCAUCGGCCAAUACGAGGCCACGAUCGCCCGCUGCAACCAAACCAACGCCUCGAUUCCGGAGCCACUUCCCUCGUACGCAUCGAAGCAGCAGGUGGACAUCUCGACGGACCGUCCAAAGGACGUUUGUUUUCAUCUCCUCAAGUACUACCUCGAUACAGACGAGUAUCCGCUCGAGUUGGCCCUCAAGCCGGAGAACCUCGGGCCCCAUUCGCUGGACAGGCGGCUCUCUUGGCUCCUGUCGCUGAUUCUGGGCAAUCUCAAGAGCCGUGUCGAUCUUCCUGGCCACUUUAACGCCCUGACCGAGGCCGUUAUGUUCGAGCUCGAGUCAAUCGGCUUAUGGCAAUGGUCGCUGUUUGUGGCCAUGUUCAUGGACUCUCCGCUGCUGGUUGAGAACGCAGUGCGCACGACCUUGGCCCGGUACUAUCGCCCUCCCAAGCACUUCAACCCGUGCGACUGCGGGCUGCAAGGCAUUCACCAGGAGCCGGAUCCCAUCGAUCACGGCGUGCACGAGCAGGAGACGAAUCUCUGGAACUUUGUUGUCAACAGAAUCGGUGUGCCCAAGGCUCUUGUCUACGAAGCCUGGGCUCUGUUCGCACGCUACAACGAUAACAGCGUUGCUGAGGCCGAGUAUCUCAUCCACGCCGGAGACUUUGUUGGUGCGCACUAUCUGAUUGUCACCAAGCUCGCUCCAGUCUGGAUCAUUCAAGAAAACUUUGAGCCCCUGAAGACCUUCUUGAACAGCCUUGAGUCCAAGCGCGAAGGCGUUGACGGUUUUGAAGACUGGGACUGCGGCGGUGGCCUGAUUCUGGCGUACAUCGAGCAUCUUGAGCGGAGCAGGGCUGAUCAGACUCUGGCCAAGACCUGGGCCUUGGCUGAAGCCAAGGAGAAUGCCAACGCCAUUUUGGAGCGCCUUGCCCGAGCCGGCGAGGGCUUUGGACUUGGAUGGCUCCAGGGUGGCAAGCCCGCACAGCGUGCCUCUGGCACCUCGGCCGAUGCUCACGCUGGGUUUGUGCUGACGGCCAUGUCCUCCCGGAUUGUCGAUUCAAGAGCCACACUUAUGACGGAGGUGAGCAACUAGCGAAUGCGGCUGGGUUGGGCUUGAGUUGGGGCUGUCGGUCGCUGGGACGUCGUCUCGGUGCAAGUGCGGUGCCUGCCGUUCGUUGAGGCUGCCACUUGCAAUCCGACGCCAUCUCACACAACAUCCGUACGGCUUUCGGUGUCA